AUGAAGAUACAGAAGAGGAACUCCACCACCGUCACCGAGUUCCUUCUCCUUGGAUUCCCGACUCUUUAUAAUUACAAGUUCCCUUUCUUCUCUAUUGUUCUUUCCAUGUAUUGUAUGACUAUAUGUGAGAACCUCCUGAUCAUUCUCCUGGUGUCCACAAGCCAACGUCUCCGUUCUCCGAUGUAUUUCUUCCUUGGACAUUUGGCCCUGUCAGACAUAUUCCUUGUAUCAAAUAUUGUUCCUAAGAUGCUGGAUGUUAUCAUAAGGGAAGGGAGUGUUAUUCCUUUUGUUGAGUGCUUCACUCAGUUUUACCUCUAUGGGGGAUCAGUUUGCACCGAGUGUUUUUUGCUCACAGCCAUGUCCUAUGACCGGUACUUGGCCAUCUGUAAACCGCUACAUUAUGUCUCAAUGAUGAGUGUCCAGCUUAGAUACAUCCUGGUCAUCUCCUCCUGGGCGCUCAGCUUUAGUUUGGCAUUUAUCACAUUUUUUCUCGUUUUGAACUUAGACUUCUGUGGGCCGAAUGUGAUCAACCAUUUCUUCUGUGACUUUGCUCCUCUUCUAGAACUUUCUUGCUCAGAUACAACCGUUAUGGAUAUCGAAAUUAUUGUUGUAUCUGUUCCUGUAGUUUUAUUACCUUUCGUGUUUAUUAUUAUAACUUAUGUUCAUAUCUUUAUCACUAUCUUUGGAAUUUCCUCCAUAUCAGGCCGGCAAAAAACCUUCUCCACCUGUAGUUCUCACCUGAUAGUUGUUUCUACCUAUUAUGGGUCCAUGCUCAUAAUCUACAUGGUCCCAUACAGAGGACAUUCGGUGCCUAUUAAUAAGUUUAUUUCCCUGGUCUACAUUAUUCUGACCCCCCUUUUAAACCCAGUUAUAUACAGUCUAAGAAACCUAGAGAUUCGUUCUUCUGUAAUGAAAUAUAUAAAGCUCUGUACUAUAAAUGGUCUCUCGUAA